AAGAAAAUACUUAACGUCUACGUAGAAGAAAAGAAAAAUAUAAGAAUUUUAAGAACAUUGACGUUAGUGAGUGCUGGUUUCGACUAAAAAAAAGGAUUUUUUUAAUAAAAUUCCUUAAAUAAUUUAAAGAAUACAUUUCAAUAAAUAAUCAAAACCCAUAGAAAUUGUAUUUAAAGGCAAUUUAAAUAAAAAUUUUAAGAAAAAAGUGUACAGAACAAGUGAAAAUUUUGUAAAGUGUGUGUGUGUGUUUGCAUGUUAAGACAAGCUGGAGAAAAUCAAUAAAAGUUUUUGUUAAAUAUUUAGGACAAACUAUAACUUUCAUAUUUAAUCUCCAGUCCUUUACACCAUAAUCACAACUUCUCUCCAUAACUUUACACCAAAACAAUCAAAAAGAAAGUAAUCAACACAUAUAUUUUUAACUCUGGUUGUGUUAUGAAGCAUUUUUGCAAAAAUAGAUUCACGCAAGCGUAAAAGGCUCAUACAGACCACAAUGAAGGAGAUGGUCGGCGGCUGUUGUGUAUGUUCAGAUGAGCGUGGUUGGCCCGAAAACCCGCUCGUAUAUUGUGAUGGCCAAAAUUGUACCGUUGCUGUGCAUCAAGCUUGUUAUGGCAUCGUAACCGUGCCCACGGGGCCAUGGUUUUGUCGAAAGUGUGAAAGUCAAGAGCGUUCAACGCGUGUCCGCUGUGAGUUGUGUCCCUCGCGAGAUGGUGCGCUCAAAAAAACCGAUAAUCAAGGAUGGGCUCAUGUGGUCUGUGCUUUGUAUAUACCGGAGGUGAGAUUUGGUAAUGUUACGACUAUGGAACCCAUUAUACUGCAAUUGAUACCUCAGGAGAGGUAUGGCAAAAAUUGUUAUAUAUGUCAGGAAUUGGGUAAACCACAUCGCGCCACUGUGGGCGCCUGUAUGCAGUGCAAUAAAUCCAAUUGUAAGCAGCAAUUCCAUGUCACCUGCGCCCAAAGUUUGGGUUUGUUAUGUGAGGAGGCUGGCAAUUAUUUGGAUAAUGUCAAAUAUUGUGGCUACUGUCAGCAUCACUAUAGUAAAUUGAAAAAAGGAGGCAAUGUUAAGACCAUACCACCUUAUAAACCCAUAGCGCAUGAUACUUCCUCUGAUUCGGGUUCAUCACCAGAAAAAGAAAUCGAUUCAACCAUGAGCACUACGGCAUCAUCAACAUCGGCCACCAGCAUUAAAAUCACCACCAAUCUAACGUCAUCGUCAGCAUCCUCGUCGAAACAACGAAAAUCUUCGAAUGCCACCAAACAGUCUUCAUCGUCAUCUAGUUCGAAUUUGAAUGCGGGUAAUCUACCUCAUCCACUUCACUACAUAAUCUUAGUAAUGCAGCAGCGUUUUAGCGGUAGUAAUUCCUUACCAGCCACCGGUGCAGGCACCAAUUCAUCUUCCUCCAAUCUCAAAUCUUCAACGGGUAGUUCUUCGGGAAGUUAUAAAGAUGGCAAGGAUGGUAAACACAGUAAAAAUAUGAAUAAAAUAUCCAGUUCCAGCAAGGAUAAAGAAAAAGAUUCCUAUUCCUCUUCAUUUUCCUCAUCACGUGAUUCACGUGAUAAAUCCUCUAAAUCGUCAAAGAAUAAGGACAACAGUUCUCUCAGCAAUUCUGCAAAUUCGCUUAUGAACAGCAAUCUAGCAAUCUCCUCUUCAAGUCUAACCGCCUCAAAUCCCUUUGCUGCUGAUCACUCUUCAGGUGUACAAAAUCUUUCCACAUCCAAUCUAUCGAAUAGUAUGACAUAUUCUCACAGCAAUCCAGCAGGAAAUUUACACGGAACAAUAUCCUCUUCCUCCGGCGGCAGUGUUAAGGAUUCUUCAAAGAAUCCCUUUUCAUCGGCUACAAGUCAAGGACAAUCUACUAAUUUUCUAAGUGAAUUACAUUCGGAUGGUACUAAUCUAACACCCACACCUAUGGAUAUCAUUUCUACAGGCAAUAAUUCCAACACCACCAGCGCCCAUUUAAAUUCUUCUUCAUUUAAUAAAACUGUAAAUCAUUCACAAUCUUCCUUGCCGGCCAACAGUAGUAGUCAUCACAACAACAGUAACUCCAGUGUUAAUUUGCAUAUAAAUAAUGCAUCCAAUCCGUCUACUUCAUCAUUUGCUAAGAAACGCAAAAAUGAGGCUAAAUUAAAUGCUGCAGCGGAUGAGUUGAAUAGUCCUUUCCGCGAUAUUAUUAAAGAUGUUACCGUUACGUUAACGCCUUUAACGGAUUUUGAAAAAGAAAUUGAAAAAAGCUCGAAAAAGCAAAAAACCGAAUUAAGUCCUCCCACACAUCAAUCAUUAAUCAAUGCCGAAACCUCAUCACAAAAUAGUCGAGAUGCUGUUUCAAUAUCAACAACAUCAAAUACACAUACAUCAUCCGCCUCUUCAAAUACAGCCGGUAAUCAAUCCUCUUCAUCAUCGUCGCAUCAUAAAACGAAUGCUAAUAAUGAAGGAGGUAAACAUGCAACAGGUUCAACGACGUCUGUCGGUCAUAAAACAGUCUCAACGUCCAGUUCUAUAACGGCCAAAGAAAGAGAAGAACGUUAUGCUGCUGCUCAAGCAGCCAUAGCAGCAGCAAAUGGUGGUAAUGUUACAGCGAGUUCAACAACAACGGCCGCUACAACAGCAUCAGCUACAGCUGGCGGCAAUGCUCCUAGUUUAUAUGUUUCCGUGCCACUAUCAACAGCAAAUGUACCUGGAAUAAAUUUACCCACAAAUUCCUCAACAGCAGGAGAACACACCAGCUCACAAACUACCCGCUCAACUAGUCAGCUACAACAGCAAUCAUCAGCCGCCUCAUCUUCAUCAUCCUCCGCCGCCGCCAAUACUUUAGAUCGUCAAUCACCUUUUAAUGCUGCAGCAUCCUCCACCACUUCAAUACCUUCUCCUGCUAACGCUCAACAACAGCAACAUGGUGUUAUUUAUCAAAGUGGUAAAUCACCCAAUCCUUCUUCAGCAUCUUCAACCACCAACAACCCUUCAACAUCCUCCUCUACGGCGGGCAUUAAUUUGACUGCUUCUACCACCGAAACGGGCAAUUUAAAGAUUAGCUAUGAGAAACAAUCCUCUAGACUUAGCCAGAUUCAAGAACAAGAAACGGCUCCGAUACGUAGAUCAAGAUCACGCUCAGGUGAAAGUAGUAUGUUGCAAGCACAACAACAGCAGCAACAACAAAAUACUAGCCAAAAAUCUAACUCCAGAUCGGGUAAAAAAAGGGCUGCUUCUAAUAAAACACAAAAUACAAAUGCUACAACUACAACUGAUAAUGCAGCAAAUCCACCACAAGAGAAAUUAACAAAAACUGCAAAUAAUACAACAACAACUGCAGCAGCAGCUAAUGCCAACUCAUCCUCUUCACCAGUACCGCAUUAUCAUAAUGAUUUGACUACACCCACACCACCGCCCUUAGCUCCCUCACCAUUAUCAUUACCGCCGCCAAGUAGUACACCAACACCCUCAACACGUACUUCCACACCCAAUAGCACACCAACGGCCACACCUUCAGCCUCUCCGGUGGUAAUGUUGCAAAGUUCCUCCAGCAAUAGCAGCAGCAGUAAUAGUGAUCAUAAUACUUCUACUGCAGCUGUAACCCGGCAACAGGCAGCUGCUUCUUCUAAUGCCUCUUCCUCCUCGUCGUCUACGUCUUCAUCAUCAUCUUCUAAUACUUCUACAAAUGCAGCAGUUAGAAGAAAAAGUAAUGCAACUUCCCCUUUGCCAGCUUCAGCAGCAGCAGGAGGUUCAAGUGGUAUUACUGCUACGACUAACGCGGCCACAGCAACCAAUCUUACAAACUCAAAUAGCAAUAAUAGCAACAAAAAUAAUAACCACAGCCACAAUGACCAAAGCAUUUCUUCUUCCUCCUCUUCUUCAUCUACAACUUCUACAACUUUUUCUAAAAAUUCUCUUAAUAAUAACACAAAUACUUCAACAACCAACAACAAUAAUAAUAAUAAUAACAACAAUAGUCUUAUUAGUAGCAGUAGUCAUAGUUCUAUAAAUAGUAGUAGCAAUAGCAGUAGUAAAGUUGCUGAAACUUCACCACCACCUCCAACAACAACAUCCAACACUUCAACGUCAACUCCAACAACAACAUCUAAUAACAAUAAACCUUUGAAUAAGAAAAUGUUAAGAGCUCAACAAAAUCAGUUGCAACAACAACAACAGCAACAAAUGGCUGCAGCAGCUCAAGCUGCCAACAAUAAUAAACAACAGCAGCAAUCGCCUGAGCGUUUGACCAAAACCAAUAACCAACAAAAUAAUAAUAAUAAUAAUUCAGCUGUCACUACUUCUUCAACAGCUUCUACUUCUUCUUCAUCUAAUACUAAAACUAAUUCUUCUACUGCUACAGCCAACAGCACUUCUACUACUAACUCCUCCUCAUCCUCUUCCCUUAAUACUUCCUCUUCCUCCUCUACUUCUGCUACUUCUGUCACUACUACUAGUACUAAUAAUGCUUCUUCUUCUUCAUCAGCUAAUAAACAGCUGCUGCAGCAGCAAUCACAAAAUGUUGCUGCUAAUAAGAAUAGCAAUAACAAUAACGAUAAUAAUAAUGAUAUUAUAGAAAUUUUGCCAUUAACCACAAUUUCUACAAAUUCUCUUUCUUCUUCUACUACCCUGCCUAUAACUACAACAUCAACAAUAUCUACCACUUCUCCAAUAAAUGGCCAAAACAAACCAAAUAACCCCAAUAAUAACAAUCCUUCAAAUGCCAAUGCCAACACCAUCCAACAAAACACUAAUACUACCGCUACUACCACCAACAACACCUCCACCACGAACUCCAAUACCAAUCCUAACAAUAAACUUAACAAUUCAACGUCUUCAUCAUCUUUAUCAUCACCAACAACAACGAAAUCCCUUAAUAAAACGUUAAAUUCUGCUGGUAAUCCCACAACAACAACUUCAAACAACAGAACACCUGAUAGUGGUGUAUUCUCUUCCUCCUCCUUCAACAUUAGCAAUGCCAGCUCCUGUUCUACAUCUUCGCUCGCUAGUGCUGCAGGUGGUGGUUUAAAAUUCUCCUAUGAACCUCAAUCUAACGCCACGAAUCUACCACCCAGUAUUGAUACCACAAAUCCAGCUGCAUUAACGAAUAUUGUUAAAGAUUCUCCACCCAGUUCACCGGGUUCAGAGGCUGGUUCUCAGCGUAAACGUGGCCGUAAAGCAAAGGACUCAGCCGCCAGUACAUCAAACACAAAUGUUCUCAUGGCCAAUGAUCUCAAAGAUAUAAAAUUAUUCCAAAAUGGUGGUGUAACAGCGGCGACAACUACCAGCGCUGCUAUAGCUGCAGCAGCAGCUGCUGUCUCUUCAUUAGCACCGGUUUGCGCUGCCUCAACAACCACCACUUCGUCUUCGAUAAAUGUUACGGCGGCUGCUCAUAUGUUGGGCAAUCAUAUUAAUCCGAAUAGUAGUGUGGCCCAGAAGUUAUCGGAUCAAUUGAGUAUGGAGAUACAGGAUCAUAGUGUUUAUAGUGCUGAUCCGCCAGCGCCUCAAUUUAUGGGUGUACCGUUUCCGGGAAAAAUGCGCAACUCUACGAAUACACCAGCAGCCCCCUCAACUACAGUGGCAUCAACGGGUCCCAGUCCUUUGGCUUCAAUGUUUGGCAGUGGAGCAAAUGGCAAUCUAGCCAUACCACAAAGUCUAGAGCAAUUAUUAGAGCGUCAAUGGGAGCAAGGAUCACAAUUCUUAAUGGAGCAAGCUCAACAUUUUGAUAUUGCCUCUUUAUUAUCUUGUUUACAUCAAUUACAAUCAGAAAAUGUAAGAUUAGAGGAGCAUGUCUCUAGCUUAAUAGCAAGAAGAGAUCAUUUAUUAGCUGUUAAUGCUAGAUUAGCUAUACCGCUCAAUACAAACACAACACAGAGUCAAGAAAAAGAGAAUAAAGGGAUGUAAAAACUAAAAAAAACUCUGUGUCUGUUGAAAAAGUUAACCUUGGCAAACAUACAUUUUAAUGUUAUGUGGACAAAUGCCACCAAAAAUUUUGUUCUCUCACAAAACUAAAGAAAAAACCUGGCUCCUUAAAACAAAGAAUACAAAGCGUACAAAACAAAUAUAAUUUAUAAUUUAAAAAAAAAAUUGAUAAAAAUAUAAAAAUAUUACUUUUAAAUAUAAAAUUACAACUAAUUUUAAGUUUUGGCUUAAUACUAAAUAAAGUUAAAGUUAUUUUUUUUUAAUCAUACCUAUAAUUAAAUCAUUUAUUACAAAUUUUGGAUAUUGUGUAUUUUUUUUUUUUUUAUUUUACUUUCAUUUAAUUACGUAUUUGUAUAUAUAGUUUAAAUCUAUUACUUUCACACUUAAACAAACACUUACACCUUUCCUAUUACAUAUAUUAAUGUAUAAUUACAACUAUAUAUUACAAUUUAAAAUGUGUAUUAUACAAAUUAAAUUAUAUAUAAAAUCGUAUCCCUUUAGUUAAGUACCUUUAACACUUUUAAAUUAAUACAAUUUCCUUUUAAAUACUUUUUUAUCGCUGCCUAAUAAUUUGUAAUUAAUUCUUAAAUAUUAUUACUAUAUAUUAUAC